GCCGGGGGCACAACUCGUCCCUAAAGGGGGGGAAAGCGGAGCCCGAGGCCGGGGGGUUUGUGUGCGUGGAGUUUUUUGUUUUGUUAUCGGUUAUUUUUUUCCUGGUUGGUGUUUCCAGAAGCUUCCUGCUCUCCCGUGAACUUUAGGAGCCGGGGCACGUCGCUGGGACGGGGUCCGUCCCCGUCCCUUCCCGGCGCUGCUCCCCGUGGACGCUGGAGCUGCCGCAGCGCCCAGGCAUGGCUGAGGGCUGGCUGAGCCUGCGGGCGGCCGAGGGGCAGCAGGGCAGCAUGGGGGACUCGAGCAACUUGGACGACAGCCUGACCAGCCUGCAGUGGCUGCAGGAGUUCUCCAUCAUCAACGCCAGCGUGGGCAAAUCCUCCUCGUGCCCCAGCGGCCCCGAUCCUCACGAUUGCCACCACAUCCCCGGCUUCGCCGCUCCGUGCUCACCCCUGGCUGCCGACCCGGCGUGUAUGGGGAUGCCUCACACCCCCGGCAAACCCACCUCCUCCUCCACCUCGAGGUCGGCACACCUGGGUUUGCACGCACAGCCACCCGAGGACAUCGACUACAAAACCAACCCGCAUGUCAAGCCUCCCUACUCCUAUGCCACUCUUAUCUGCAUGGCGAUGGAAGCCAGCAAGAAGACCAAAAUCACCCUCUCUGCCAUCUACAAAUGGAUUACUGAUAACUUCUGCUACUUCCGACACGCCGACCCCACCUGGCAGAACUCCAUCCGACACAACCUUUCCUUGAACAAGUGCUUCAUCAAAGUGCCCCGUGAGAAAGACGAGCCGGGGAAAGGCGGCUUCUGGAAGAUCGACCCUCAGUACGCCGACCGGCUGAUGAACGGGGCUUUCAAGAAGCGGAGGAUGCCCCCGGUGCAGAUCCACCCAGCCUUCACCAACAGGGCCCAGCACCAAGCGUGCGGCGUCACCGGGCCGGCGCCUUCCAGCCGUGCCAACGGCAACGUCCUCAACGUCAACACGGAGUCCCAGCAGCUGCUGAAGGAGUUUGAAGAGGUGACCGGCGAGCAGAGCUGGGAUGGGAAGAGCGGCCGCAAGCGCAAGCAGCCCUUACCCAAACGCACAGCCAAGGCGGCCCGGCUGCUCAACACAGCCCUGCUCACCCAGGAGGAGCAGACCGAGCUGGGCUCCCUGAAGGGCAACUUCGACUGGGAGGUCAUCUUCGACACCAACCUCAAUGGAGAUUUUGCCACGUUUGAGGAGCUGGAGCUCACACCGCCCAUCAGCCCCAUUGAGCGUGAGGUUGACCUGGCGGGCCAUGGAUAUCACGACAAUGCGCAGGAGUGGUGCAUGGCCGGGUCCGAGCAGCCCCUCACCGAGCCCAACCCCAACAACCUGGACUUUGACGAGACCUUCAUGGCCACCUCCUUCCUGCAGCACCCCUGGGAUGAAGAUGGCAAUGAUUACCUGUCUGGCUCCGUCAGCAUGGAGCAGCUCUUUGAGCUCGGUGACGCCUCGCUGCCUGCGGACGUCAAUGAGUGGAGCGCUGCGGGAGCCUUUCUAUAAGCAAAGGACUGAACCAAACCCACGGGGGCUUUGGGAGGAUGCUCCCUUUGUGCUGCUGGAACUUGCAAUGGACAAUACUUGCUAUGGACAGUCUCCCCCAGCAGCUUGAUCAGCUUCGUGGUAGGGUUAUUCAUAGACAUACCAAUGGGGAGAACACAGUAACACAAAAAUUGCUUGAAAUAUCUUCAAAGGACACACCAGAAGUCUGAGGUCCUCGAGUUUCCUCAAGAGAAGAGAUAGAACAGUACUUAUUUUUUUACUUUUUAAGAAACAAAAUGUAAAUUACCACUUUCCUUUGCAUGGAAAUGGACACGGCAUACAGUCCUCCUCUUCAGAACCAACAGACAAGAUUCCUGGUGGCUUCGGACUCCGUAGACUACGUGCAAUCUUCUCUCUCCUUCUUCUCUCUGUUCUUCUCUCUCUUUCUGUCUGGGUUCAUUUGUAGGUGUAGCUAAUUAGUUAGCAGACAAAUAGAGUCCCCUCUGGAUUCUCCGAGUUCAACCUCCCUCCUGACUUGUGCCUGGGGAAGAAGGAAAGAUCCGUAAAUUCAGUCUGCCUCUUUAGGUGUUUUUAUAUAAUCUAUUAUAUAUUAUAUAUUCAAAGAAACCUAUAUUUUUAGCAUUAGGACUUCUUUUCAGAGUAGGGUAGGGGAAAUGUAGGUUGGGGGUUGUUUUGUACUUUGGCUUCUGUUAGUUGUUCUGCAAACCAAGACCUGC